ACGCAAGGGUUUUAGCCCAAGCCCGAAGUCGGCGUGCCCCCCUCGCCCAACCUCCCCUUCCCUCCUGCGUUGGCGGCGGCGCCACAUCCCCCAUUCCCCAUGUCUUCCACUCCCUUCCCCGCCGCCUCCAGUUGAUGCUCACCGCCCCAACUCCAGCCGCCGAGACAGCCAUCUCCCCGCCGUCGCCGCCUCUUCCUCCUCCCCCCGUCCUCCUACCCACCAAAGUCCUAGCCCUCAUGUGGCGCCGCCUACCCUCCCGCCGCCUCGCCUCCGCCCUCCUCUCCGCCUCCGCGCCGCAGCUUCCCCCUCCUCCUCUCCACCGCCUGCUCCUUCCAGCCCCCGCUGCCGCCACCGGAAUCCUCCCUCCGGCGCGCCUCCUGUGGGGGCAUCCCCCCUCGCGAUUCGCGUCGUCCUCCGCUGCUGCCGCCGAGGCCGUCUCCUCCGAAGAGGUGGACGAGCCGCACCACGCGCCCGACGAGAUCGUCCGCUUGGGCCCCAAUCCAAAGCCGCUGGCCGCAGCCGCAGGUGAGGCGGGGAAGAAGGAGCGGAGGAGGGGGCGUGGGCAGGGGAGGCAGCUGGCAGAGUUGGCGGCCGAGCAUGGCAUUGGAUACUCCAAAUACGUUUCCCUGCGCCAGCGGCAAAUCCGGAUCGAGACCGAGGCGUGGGAGCAGGCCGCCAAGGAGUACCGCGAGCUGCUCGCGGACAUGUGCGAGCAUAAGCUGGCGCCCAACCUGCCCUAUGUCAAGUCGCUCUUCCUUGGCUGGUUCGAGCCACUGAGGGACCAGAUCAUCGCAGAGCAGGAGCUUGUCGGCGAGCGUGGGACACGCGCCUCCCACGCCCCCUAUUUUAACAUGCUUCCUGCCGACAUGAUGGCCGUUAUCACCAUGCACAAGCUCAUGGGGCUGCUUAUGACUGGCAGUGGCGAUGGAAGCGUCCGUGUGAUCCAGGCCGCUUGCCAGAUCGGUGAAGCAGUCGAGCAUGAGGUUCGAAUCCACAAAUUUCUAGAGAAGACAAAGAAAAAGAACACUAAAGAAGUAGAUAAAGUAGUAGAACCAGGGGAUUCAGAUAUCGCCAAAGAACAACAGCUUUUAAGAAAGAAAGUCACUGAUCUGAUGAAAAAGCAGAAGAUACGGCAAGUCAGGCAUUUAGUGAAGAAGCAAGAUAGCACCAGGCCAUGGGGUCAAGAUGCUCAUGCAAAAGUUGGCAGCCGUUUGAUUGAGCUAUUUAUUGAAACGGCCCAUAUACAACCACCUGCUAGUCAGUCUGGAGAUAGUACACCUGAAAUUCGACCUGCUUUCACGCAUGAAAUGAGAACUGUGGCAAGAGAACAGAAAAGUCGACGAUAUGGUGUGAUCAAGUGCGAUCCACUGGUUCGACAAGGCCUGGAUAGAACAGCAAAGCAUAUGGUCAUACCUUACAUGCCUAUGUUGAUUCCGCCGAUCAAUUGGACUGGAUAUGACAAGGGUGCACAUUUAUUUUUGCCAUCCUAUGUGAUGCGCACCCAUGGAGCUAGGCAACAAAGGGAGGCUGUAAAGAAGGCUCCAAAGGAACAGAUGCAAACAAUUUUUGAGGCCUUGGAUAAUCUUGGGAGCACCAAGUGGAGGGUCAACAAAAGGGUUCUUAGUAUUGUUGACAGAAUUUGGUCCAGUGGUGGCCGACUUGCUGACUUGGUUGAUCGUGCUGAUGUUUCCCUACCGGAGAAGCCUGACACUGAAGAUGAAGCUGAGCUGAAGAAGUGGAGGUGGAGCAUGAGGUCAGCCAAGAAGGAAAACAGUGAAAGACAUUCUCAGAGAUGUGAUGUUGAGCUUAAACUCGCCGUAGCUCGCAAAAUGAAGGAAGAAGUGGGGUUUUACUAUCCACACAACCUUGAUUUUAGAGGCCGUGCUUAUCCAAUGCAUCCUUACCUGAAUCACUUGGGUUCAGAUCUUUGUCGUGGAGUGUUGGAGUUUUCUGAAGGUCGACCACUUGGUGAAUCAGGCUUGCGCUGGCUGAAGAUACACCUAGCAAAUUUAUAUGGUGGAGGUGUAGACAAGUUAUCAUAUGAUGGCCGGAUUGCAUUUACUGAGAAUCACCUGGAGGACAUAUUUGACUCAGCUAACAGGCCUCUUGAAGGCAAGCGAUGGUGGCUUGAGGCAGAGGAUCCGUUCCAAUGCCUGGCAGUUUGCAUGGAUCUUAAUGAAGCUUUAAGAAGCUCCUCUCCAGAAACAGUGAUCUCACAUAUUCCUGUGCACCAGGAUGGCUCUUGUAAUGGCCUGCAGCACUAUGCAGCUCUUGGAAGGGAUAAGCUGGGUGCAGUUGCUGUCAACUUAGUUUCCGGGGAGAAACCUGCAGAUGUUUACUCUGGAAUAGCUGCCAGGGUGGUGGAAAUUAUGAAGAGAGAUGCACAAAAAGACCCAGCUAAAGAUGCUGAUGCAGCACGUGCUCGCUUGUUAGUUGAUCAGGUGGAUAGGAAAUUGGUAAAACAAACAGUGAUGACAUCUGUGUAUGGUGUGACUUACGUUGGAGCACGUGAACAAAUAAAAAGAAGAUUAAAGGAGAGGGGGGUCAUUGCUGAUGACUCGGAACUUUUUGGUGCAUCAUGCUAUGCUGCUAAGGUCACGCUUACAGCACUUGGUGAGAUGUUCGAAGCUGCUCGUAGUAUCAUGAACUGGCUUGGAGACUGUGCCAAGGUUAUAGCUUGUGAAAAUGAACCUGUGAGAUGGAAGACCCCUCUGGGACUUCCAGUUGUUCAACCAUAUCGCAAACUAGGGAGGCAUCUUAUUAAAACUUCGUUACAAGUCCUGACCCUUCAACGAGAAACCGACAAGGUUAUGGUGAAGCGGCAGAGGACAGCUUUCCCUCCAAACUUUGUGCACUCCCUUGAUGGCUCUCAUAUGAUGAUGACUGCUGUUGCUUGCAAAAAGCAAGGCCUAUACUUUGCAGGAGUUCAUGAUUCAUAUUGGACCCAUGCUUGUGAUGUUGAUACAAUGAACAAGAUACUUCGGGAAAAGUUUGUGGAACUGUAUGAUGCGCCUAUUUUAGAAAAUCUCUUGGAGAGCUUUGAGACAUCUUUCCCUAAAUUAAAAUUCCCACCAUUGCCAGAGAGGGGAAAUUUUGAUAUGAAGGAUGUUCUCCAGUCUACGUAUUUCUUCAACUAGCGUGGUUGCAGCGGGCACAUUGUCCUAUUUUUCGCUCAGCUGCCCAGCUGUGGCCUUGCAGAAAUCUCAAGUUCCGUGGAAGUACAUGAGUGACUGACUCAGAUGAUGAAGCUAAUUCUUUUGCUGAUUGACGUGUCAACCUGUGGACAACUUGCAUGAAGAUAAUCCCGCAAGACUGGAUUUACAGAGGUGCACAGAAGACGCUCUUGCUUUGCUGCAGAAUUUCAUGGUUUCAACAUCGCCAGUCAUAAGCAAGUUGCAUUACUACUGCCAAGGAGCUGGCAGUAAACAGAGCUGUCCAGGAGGAGGUUGAAGAUAGUGACAUUCAAAAUAAGUGGAAACCGUGACCAAGAAGCACUUGCUGUGGAGCUUUUUCCUGAGUUUGUGAUAUAGUGUAGUUUUUAUCUUGUGCCCGUUUUCCCCCUUUCUCAAGGCUCACGCGUAGCACGCUCACUCACAGAUCAUCAGUUUCCUGUAAAUGUAAUUAUAUGUAAUUUUUGGCCUCUUCACUAACCUAUCAUUUUUUUUCUUGUUUUGCUUAAUUUAUAGAGCGGGGAAUCUGAUGGGUGCAAAAUAACACUGUUGGAAAAUUGAUUCAUAAUUAUCAUUGUGGUUGUAAGAUAUUAUCUAUAGUAAUAAAGUGAAAUAGCCGUUUUCCUCUUUA